CCGAUUUUAAAAGGACAGCGGUGAGCGGGAGGAAGGCGGCUGGCGCCAUCUUGGCUGUUUUAAUGAGUACAACAGGGGGAAAUUCGCUUGGAGAAAUAACCUAAUCAUUGGGAUUUCACUGUAGAAGGGGUACUGUCGGUAAAACUUACCACAGUGUGAGUGUGUGAACCAGGGGAACCAGGGCAAUGUUCUACGCCCACUUUGUCCUCAGCAAACGUGGGCCGCUAGCCAAGAUCUGGCUGGCGGCCCACUGGGACAAAAAGCUGACCAAGGCCCAUGUGUUUGAAUGCAACCUGGAGAGCAGCGUGGAGAGCAUCAUCUCACCCAAGGUGAAGAUGGCAUUGCGAACAUCAGGCCACUUACUCCUCGGGGUGGUGAGAAUCUACCACAGGAAGGCCAAGUACCUGCUUGCUGACUGUAAUGAAGCCUUCAUCAAAAUCAAAAUGGCUUUUAGACCGGGUGUUGUGGAUCUACCUGAGGAGAACAGAGAGGCAGCAUACAAUGCCAUCACCUUGCCUGAGGAGUUCCACGACUUUGACCAGCCCCUUCCAGAUCUGGACGACAUUGACGUGGCCCAGCAGUUCACCCUGAACCAGAGCAGAGUAGAGGAGAUCACCUUGAGGGAAGAUGUUGGCAACCUCAGCCUCUUGCAAGACAAUGACUUCGCUGACUUCGGUAUGGACGACCGAGAGAUGAUGCGUGAUGCUAGUACGUUUGAGGAGGACAUCAUGCACGGUGCCACAGCCUCUAACCUUUUGCUUGAGGCUGAGCCUGGCCCGGCUAAUCUGCCCGAUAAGUCCAACCACAUGGAGUAUGACGACUUUGGAGAUGGCUCUAUGGGCACCGCUGACGGGGGAAUGCUGGUUGACAAGUUGCUGAGCUCUGAAGACGGAGGCGGCAUCUUUGAUGAUCCUCCAGCCAUCACAGAGAGUGUCAUGAUGCCUCCAGAUCACGGAGACGACGAGGACGACUUUGAUAACCUCCAGUCACCGGGUCCAGACAGCCCCGACUCUGGCCCAGCAGAGCCACUUCCUGCCAUGGCUGACCAGACAGAACAGACCACUCUGGUUCACAACGAGGAGGAGGCCUUUGCCCUGGAACCAAUUGAUAUCACUGUGAAAGAGACCAAGGCAAAGCGUAAAAGGAAGCUGAUUGUAGACAGUGUGAAAGAGUUGGACAGCAAGACCAUCAGGGCCCAGCUGUCUGACUACUCAGAUAUUGUCACCACCCUGGACCUCGCACCUCCCACUAAGAAGCUUAUGAUGUGGAAGGAGACUGGUGGAGUGGAGAAGCUCUUCUCUCUGCCUGCUCAGCCCCUCUGGAACGCUCGGCUCCUCAAGAUGUUCACUCGCUGCCUGACGCCUCUGGUGCCAGACGAGCUGAGGAAGAGGAGAAAGGGCGGAGAAGCAGACAGCCUGGAUGAGUUCCUUAAAGAGCUGGAGAACCCAGAGGUGCCUAGAGAGGAGGUCAUGGGUCAGCACAGAGAUGUCAUUGACCAGACUAUCAUGGAGGAGCCCAGUAUGUUGGCAGCCUCCGCAAUGGAGGGCAGCAGGACGACCCUGGAUGAAACCGUCAUGCCCCCUCCUUCCACUCCCCGUGGUGUAAAACGCAAGAACAUUGACAAAGAGAGUGCCCUUCCUAUGACUCCCCUGGAGCAACAGCAGGUGGCCGACCGCUCCGCCUUGUCUCAGAGGUUAGACAUGCCUCAGGUGGACCUGCCCCCAGAGGAGACGAGUCUCAACCUCACCCAGCUCGUCCCUGAGCUCGACCUACUGGGUGACAAAAAAGACAAGAAGGACGACAGUGAAGAAGAAGAGGAAGAGGAAGGGCAGGGUGGAGACCAGGAUCAAGAGGAGAAGAGAUGGAACAAGAGAACCCAACAGAUGCUUCACGGUCUUCAGCGCGUCAUGGCUAAAACUGGUGCAGACUCAGUUAGCCUGCUUGACCUGUGCCAGAACAACAACAAGAAGCAGGCAGCUGCCAAGUUUUACAGUUUCCUUGUCCUCAAGAAGCAGCAAGCCAUCGAGGUCACUCAGUCUGAGCCCUACAGCGACAUCAUCGCCACCGCCGGACCAAGAUUCCACCUUAUUUAGACAUUUGAAUAACAGACAAACGUUCUUCUUGCAACAGGCAUACUUUUAAAUUACUCAACUUUUUGCCUUUUUAUUUUGUGUUUUUCUGUCGGCCCUUUUUGUUUUUGUUUUUUCCUUGGGGACGGGAGGGAGUAGUCGGGAAUGGGUUGGAAACUUUUUACGAAAAGGAUUUUACUUUACUACAGAUAGAAUCAUGCAGUAUUCUUGGUUCAAAUUGAGUGAGGAAGUAUGUUUAACAAGUAUAUUUAUGAAGCAACGUUUUGUUUUGUUUUUUUCGGUCUUCAAUUUGUAAACUUUGCGUUAUCUUGUUUUGUAAGUUAAAUUUCUAUUGUCCGCUCAUUCCAUAUGUAUCAUCAUUGCCCCACUUUCAACUGAGAUAUUGCAGAUUUUAGAUUAUGGCCCCCAUAUUUUUACACUGAAUCCUGUAUUGACUGUACAUGUUCUGCAAAGGUACUGUUUUAUUGUUCAGAAGUGUAACCGCUCCAUCUUCUCCUUGUUGCACUUGUACUUGGCUAAACAAAAAGGUUAAUCUGUCAGAAAAUUGAUAAUUCUUACCUGGCAUUAAAUGUUUCAGAUGUAUAAUUCAGGCAGUUUAUCAGUUAUGUACAUUUCUUUCUUUUCUUUUGUAUCUUUUUACUUUUAUGCUUAUUCACCUUUUUGCAUUAUGUAACUAGGUAAAGUACUUGUUACAGUAAAGUUCACUAUCCCACCUUUUUAGUCUUUGGGUAACUUCUAGUUGUGAUACAUCUGUAAAGAUUUGAAAUAAAGUGUUUUAAGUACUUGGA